ACAUCACCAGCGGUCGCACACUCAAACAUCUGUAUUGCAUAUAUAUUGCUAUCCCAACAAAAUAUCCUUCGAACCGAAAAAACCCACGCGAGUGCAAAUCAAAAGUUGUUCAGCUUUCUUUAUUUUUCCAGUGCGAAAAGUAUAGCAAUUGCAUCCAUCCAACAGAGAGAUUAUCCUUUCGCCAAACAAACAAACAUAAACAGAAAUGGCCGCCUACGCUGCUUUCAAACACGUUGAGCUUUACAAUGUUGGCAAAGCCAAGAAGAGGGUGCUGAGGCCCCCGGGCGGCGGAUCGAGCGACAUCUUUGGAUCGGAGAUGCCGCAGACCCCCAGGAACGUGAAGAAUCGCAUGGCGUCCAACAUAUUCGCUGCCGAGAAAGAUAAUGGAGUGAAAAACAACGGUGAUGCACCACGUCGCGGCCAGAAGACCGUCGACUCCCACAAUCGGCUGUUUGGGGAGCCCACCCGCCCGAUCACCCCCGGCAAGAAUCACAUGAAGAGCAGCAUUCCUUUUGGCCAGAACACAGAGGCCGUUGCCUCCGCCCAGAAGCUGCUGACCACCAAUGGCCACUACAACGGCAAGAGCGGAUCGGUGUCCUCGGCCUCGUCUUCGGUGUCGUCUUCCACCGAGAACCUCAAGAUGAACAGUGGCUCGAGAUCAGUCUUCCGCAAUAUGAGCACAGCAGCAGGACCAGCCGUCAAAGAAACAUCUCUACCCGAAUCCUUGUGUCCCCCAUCACCGGUCCGAAUCGAACCACCAACCCCACCGGCUGACGCCCUGUCCAUUGAUAAUUCGUGCCGAGAUAGCGAAAUAGGAGACGUGCCGGCCGAUAACAGCACAUACACAAAGUCCGAUCAGGUGAACGAGGCCUGUCAAACUCGCCGAGACUCUGGAAAUAAUCCCGAACAGCCUCACUCGCUGGACAAGAUGGCAGGCGUGGCCAACAUAAAGGAGCCCCUCGGCCUCUGUCCGAACGAUGUUAAAGAAGGGGCGCAGGCGUGCUCAAAACUCGAUUCACGCAAUCCGAUCACGGGUCUUGGCCUCAACGGAGAUGGUGUUGGCGGCCUCAAGCCCAAGAAGCUCAAGAUUCGAGAGGGCAACCCCGUAACAGGCGAGGGCUACAAGGCCGGAGGCAACGACUAUAACCAGCGCCAGGAGUCGUCCAAUGCCGGCACUCCGGUGAUCAACAAGAACCGCAUUCCCCCAGGCGGCUACUCGUCGGGACUCUGGUAAUGACAACCGGAAUUGCUCAGAUCCCAGCACAAGCAAUGAGGGGCCGAUGGCGGGACGAGACACCAUAAGAAAAACCAACAAAAGCUAACAAAAAAAAUCAUACUACCCAUAUAAUAUUACGCAUAACCCUACCCUUAUCCGUACCCAAGAAAAAGAGCUCAAGAAAUCGAAAGGCAGGAUGGCAGGAUGGCCAACGAAUAAUUAAGCGAGAGAGAUUAACAAUUGCUCAACGAUCUGAAGAUGCAAUAAUGAGCGUCCCUGCUGAACACCCAGACGAGAAUUAAUCAACCACAAAACCUAUAACUACCAAAUCACCACACCACCACCCCAUUGCAAAUCUGUAAUUUAAAUUCCUUAGUUGGUGUAAUUCCAUGGAACGCGUGUAGCCCCCACAAAAUAGCGCCCACGUUAAAGCAUCUGAUCCCCUGCCCGCUGCACUUGCGUAUUAUAUAUGAUAUUCCGGUUAGGUAGGACGCCGCACACCUACAUCGUUACCCCGGUGUGUGCGUAGGUGUGUUUGUGAGGGGGAGCGGGAAGCAAGGAUGCGAGCGGUGACAGGCGGAUGGGGUCCUUCAAACACACCUGGAUUUUAUUUUAGUUGCUACUACACGCCACAUAUAUUUAUAUUUAUACCAACCGCAUUCACACGAACACUCACGAAAACACAUACAUUAUAAACAUUGUAUUACAUUACAUUAAAUAUGUAAUUUAAACGGUACGCCCGCACUUUCUAAUGUGCACGUACUAAUUAAGUGUAAAAUACAAAAUUCAAGCGCGAAUAUUUGUUCAAUAAAAACCUUUCGUACAUAA